AUGGCUGAACCGCCGAUCGACUCGGGGGAGACCAAGGAUGAGGCCGAACCCUGCACCGACAACAUUAACGGCUCUGCCCAGCCACCCGCUCCGGAAGUCACGAAAGACGCGGCCCCAACCGUCCCUGCGGAGAAGGCCCCCAAAGGAGCCGCCGGGUGCAAGAAACACGACGCCAAAAAAGAAACUCAAAAGCCAAAGAAAAAGAAACGGCGGAGCAGGCAGAAGCAUGUCACCACUGAGAGCUCCUCCUCCGAGUCCGGUUCCUCCUCCUCGGGAACCAGCACGUCCUCCGACUCCGAUGAUGCCGAUUCCGACUCCGACUCCAUCGCGAGCGAAUCAGAGACAGACCACCGGAAGCGCCACCGACUCCGAGCCAAGGCACGGGCAAAGCGAGCCCUGCGAGACAAGAAGAAGCAGAAGAAGAAGAGAAAGCUGCGCUCGCGUAAGCUGCCCCCGUCCGACUCCGGGACCGAGUCAAGCAGUGACUCCGACUCCGAAUCCGAUGACUCCGCCGAGGUGGACACAGCCGUGGAUGAGAAGGCCCUGCGCAAGCUGGUCGCUCGUCUGAGGCUGCAGAAGCGGGCCAAGCGCCUGCGCGGCCCGGCCCAUGACGAGCUGGGAGGGCUCGAUUCACUCGGCGACAGUCGGCGGGACAAACGAUCGCGAAAAAAGAAGCCGGCAUCCAAGGUGGCCUUCAAGCGAGUCGAUCAGCUCUGGGAUAGCACCAUCCACAAGUACAAGCUCACCGAAACGGUUGAUGACCCCGAUGCCGACGAGUGGGACCAGUACAUCUUCACCGUGCGGCGCAAAUUCAACUGGGAAAACAAGUACCUGGAAACAGUGGUCGAUAUCAAGAGCAAGUAUCUCCGCGAUGCCCUCGCCAAGGUCAUGGAUGGCGUCAAGGGCGUUAGUCUGGUGCAGGAGCCUGCCAUCGUCGACCCCAACAUGCUGUUUCUGUACUUGGAAGAAACCCGGCAGUACCUGAAGGAGCUCAAAAAGCAGUCGCGCAGCGAGAAGAAAAGGAAGGCACGAAAGAUGGCAGCGGCCAAAGCGGCUCAUCUGAAGGUGCUUGUGAAGUACCUAGACAUCGACUACGCCGACAUCAAGAAAACGCUCUACCCACUGCUGGAGGCUAACACCAUCACCUUCGACCUGCUGUGGGCCCUUUUCAAACCGAAUACCAUUGCAUACACUCCGACGUAUGGAAACUCGGACGAGCCGCGCGCCUUCAAGAUCGAGUAUGCGAUCAAAGAAUCUUCGUUCAUGAAGGGCCAAUGGUAUAGCGUGGAAGGCCGAUACCUGGAGUACGAUGGCAAGGACUUUGGAUUUGGUAACAUGUCCGCCGAGGUGGAAUCGUUCAAAGGAGCCCGCAAGAUCACCAGUUUGGCCUGCUACCCAUUGCAAUACCACCGUGAUCCCGACGCGCUGCGAUCGCGUCUGAUCGAACGGGGCAAGCGCUUCGUGUCCCUGCGCGGCAUGAACUACCGCUUCCACAAGGGCAUGGCCUUUUAUAAGAAGAAGCGCUCGUUCGUCAUCAAAGUCAACAUCAACGGCCGCGUCAUGAUCGAUCCAGCAAUCCACCGGCGCAUCAAUCCCAACUACCCCAUCAGCACAGUCCGUCCCAAAGAUCCAGACCUCCUAGAUGCAUCGGAGGCGGACUUAAGCGAUCUCGAAGAUGACGACAGCGAUGCGUGCUGCUGCGGGGGCGGAUCCGAAUCCGACUCCGAGGGUGGGUGCUCCUCCGAUACCCCCCGAACGGUCUACAAAGUCAUCGAGGGCGAGGAUGGGAUCCCGCGAGUCGUCGAGGUGGAAGUAGACGAGAGUGGCAACGAGAUCCACAAGGAGAAGAUGGACCGGAUCGAAGGCGACGCCACCGACAACAAGGAGCGUGAGUUUACGGAAGAGGAGCUGCUGAUCGCCAGCCCCGUCGUGCUGGGCUUUGCCUUCAGUGAGAAGCUGUGGCUCGAGUUUACCAUCUCGGGCAUCAGCGAGAUCGAGUGGGAUGUAGAUGCCUUUGACUCGCUGGUGCUGCCCAGCAAUCAGAAGUCCAUUGUCAAGGCCCUGGUGGAGUCCCACACCUUCCAUGCCGCGAAGAAUAUCGAUGAUGUGAUACAGGGCAAGGGCAAAGGCCUGGUCGCCGUCCUGCAUGGGCCGCCAGGGACCGGCAAGACGCUCACGGCCGAGGGCAUUGCAGAACUACUCCGGCGACCCCUGUAUAUGGUCAGCGCCGGCGAGCUGGGAACGGACUCUCGCACGCUCGAAGCUGAGCUCAACAAGAUUCUCGACAUUGCGCAUUCCUGGGGUGCCGUCCUCCUUCUAGACGAAGCAGACAUCUUCCUCGAGAAGCGCACGAUCCACGACAUUCACCGCAACGCUCUGGUCAGCAUCUUCCUGCGCCUGCUGGAGUAUUUCCAGGGCAUCUUGUUCCUGACCACGAAUCGGGUGGAGACCUUUGACGAUGCCUUUCAGUCCCGCAUCCACGUGGCAUUGCGCUAUGGUGAUCUGAACGCAAAAGCCAAGCGCAGCAUCUGGAAGAUGUUCCUGGGGCGGGUGCGCGCUAUUGAAGGGGUUAAGACGGCGUCGUUCUCGGAGAGCGACUACGAUUUGCUUUCACGGCAUACAUUGAACGGUCGCCAGAUCAAAAACUCCGUUCGUACCGCCCAAGCAUUGGCUGUCAAUGAGAACUCGCCCCUCUCCAUGGAACACAUCAAGCGAGUCUUGGAGGUGGCCGAGACCUUUGACCAGGAUCUGCGUGGAGGAACGGGCUAUCUAGACGCCAUGCGCAGUUACACCUAA